AUGUUAGGCCUUCUGGGGAACACAAGCCUCGUGAGCUGGAUCACAGGCAUUGUGCUGUCUCUCUUAAUGCUGGUUAUGCUGUUGGCCGUCUGUCUUUUCCACAGAUCACGGGAGCAUGACGUGGAGAGAAACCGAGUCCGGCAAACCCGGCCUCGACUCUUCCAUGGCCGGCGCCUGGGUCUUCUGGGAGUCUCUCACCAUCACCAUCACCGUGGCCGUGUGUCUGGGGUGACCAGUGCAGGCUUUCAUCACCACCACCAGCAUCACCGCCCUCCCCAUCGUCUCCACCACCACCACCACCAUGCUCGCGGAGCCCGCCACUGA